CGUUAGGAAUGCCCAAGGCUGGUUGCAGUCAAUGUCCAUGCUUUCUUCUCUUCAAUUCUUGGGAUUAGCUCGCUGUUACCUUCCAAAGGUUGACCCAGCAGCCUUGCAAGUGAAUUUCACCUCUCUCGAGUUCCUUGAUCUGAGUGGUAAUAAUUUAGGCAUAGGCUCCGUCAUCCCUAAUUGGUUGCUCAAUUUAAGCUCCAUCACACACCUCGAUCUCUCCUCUAGUUUUGCUGGAGGAGCCAUCUCCUUUAGUAUUGAAGGAGCCGUCUCCUUUCCCACUGAGAUCAUCAAUAAUAACAAACAGCUCGCCUUCCUUGGUCUUGAAUAUAAUUCCAUGAGAGGUGAGCUGCCGAAGAAUCUCAGCAAUCUCUGCCACCUGUUUGCGUUGAAAUUGGCAGGUAACGGCUUGACUGGAGAUAUUUCUGCUGCAUUAGGCAAUCCUUUCAGCUGCCUCCAGAAUACGUUGAGAUAUUUAGAUCUCGCGGAGAAUAAAAUCAGUCGUUUGGGGGAUGAAAUUGGGUACUUCAAGAAUUUAGAGUAUAUUGACCUUUCGAGAAACUCAGUCGAGGGUCCAAUUCCAGUGUCUCUGCCUCAGCUAUCCUCUUUGAAGUACUUGUAUCUCGGGUUCAACAAAUUGACGGGUAGAAUCCCAGAAAGCAUCGGCCAGCUAUCGAUCCUAGAGUAUAUUGACCUUUCGAGAAACUCAAUCGAGGGUCCAAUUCCAGUGUCUCUGCCUCUGCUAUCCUCUUUAAGGCACUUGUAUCUCGGGUACAACAAAUUGACCGGUAUAAUCCCAACAAGCAUCGGCCAAAUGUCGAACCUAGAAUUUAUUGAACUUUUGGGAAACUCAAUUGAGGGUCCAAUUCCAGUGUCUCUACCUCAGCUAUCCUCUUUGAAGUCCUUGGAUCUCGGGAACAACAAAUUGACGGGUAGAAUCCCAAAAAGCAUCGGCCAAAUGUCGAACCUAGAGUAUAUUGCCCUUUCGGGAAACUCAAUUGAGGGUCCAAUUCCAGAGUCUCUGCCUCAGCUAUCCUCUUUGAAGCACUUGUAUCUCGGGUACAACAAAUUGACGGGUAGAAUCCUAGAAAGCAUCGGACAGAUGUCGAAUCUAGUUGAAUUAGACUUGUCCAACAAUCUCUUGAAAGGAGUGGUGACCGAACUUCACUUGGCUAAUCUCACGAGCUUGACUGCGUUGGACAUUUCGUCAAAUGAGUUGGCGGUCAAGAUUAACCCAAAAGUGGUUGCUCCAUUUCAAGCUAGUACUAUUCGCAUGUCAAACUGCAAAGUUGGGCCUCAAUUUCCCACAUGGCUUCGAGCACAAAGGAACAUUCGCGUCUUGGAUUUGUCCAAUGCAAGCAUAUCAGGUAUCAUCCCUGAUUGGUUUUACAACAUCUCUUUUAACAUCGAGACCCUGUAUCUGUCUAGCAAUGAGUUGAGUGGAGAAAUUUCUUUGUGCAAUAUGAAGUCCUUAAAAGGCUUUGACCUCUCAAAUAACAAACUGUUCGGGACACUCCCAGAGUGUUGGAAACGUUUAGGUCAACUGCAAGCAAUAAACUUGGGGAAUAACCUGUUCAGUGGCCAGGUUGCAACAUCCUUAUGCUCUAUAACAGAGCUGUCCUUUCUGGGGCUACAAGGCAAUGCCUUCAGUGGGAGUAUCCCCAAAUGUUUAAGCACUAUGACUAAUCUUGAGAUACUUGAUCUGGGUCGAAAUAAAUUGGCUGGUCGAAUCCCCUCUUGGAUUGGUCGCAUGGUUCAGCCAAGGGUGUUGAAUCUUGAGUUUAAUUCCUUCUAUGGGGAGAUUCCUAUGAGCAUAUGCAAACUUGGAGACCUUCGAGUUUUAAACCUUGCGCACAACAACCUCUCUGGAAGCAUCCCCCUUUGCUUUGGCUACUUAACCACCUUGUCCGACCCAAACUCUAGCGUGGACGACCCUUAUUGGUUUGGAGUUGAGGUCCAAAUGAAGAGCAUAACCCGAGUAUACACCAGUGCACUCCGGUAUCUAUUCUCCAUUGACCUUUCAAAUAACAGAUUAAACGGAGAUAUUCCGGCUGGGUUGACACGGCUCUGCAACCUUGAAAAUCUGAACCUGUCACAGAAUGAUCUAUGGGGAGGAAUCCCUCCAAAGAUUGCCAAUCUGAAGAAGCUGGAGUCCCUUGAUUUGUCCAUCAACCAACUCUCAGGCCCCAUACCACAGAGCUUAUCCGAAUUAGACUCCCUGGGUUACCUGAACCUGUCGUUUAAUCAAUUGUCUGGUCCCAUUCCCUCUAGUGCCCAUCUGAGUACAUUUACAAAUGAAUCAUAUCUCGGGAAUGAUGCGCUAUGCGGGCCUCCACUUUCAAAGAAUUGCUCAGGAGAUCAUGGUCAAUCUGACGAUAUUCACAAACACCAUGGUGAUGAUUCUGCUGGUAAAGACGAGUCCUAUGCCCGUUGGUUAUAUUCAGGCAUGGCACCAGGCUUUGCCACGGGAUUCUUGGGAGUUUGUUGCUCAUUAUACUUCAAGCAUUCUUGGAGGCGAUCCUUCUUUCUUUGGUCGGACAAAAUUAUCACCGAAUUGCUUGUGAUGGUAGAGAUUAAGCUGCAAAAAGUUUCCCGAAAAUGCAAAAUGAACCCAAUCAGGUGACAACUGACAAGAUCCAACAAUGAGAAGCACUUGCAACGAUAGCUAUUGCAAAGAGUCUCAACUGAUCCCAGGGGCCUUUGGGCAUAAAGACAAUUGUAACCGUAGACAUGUUUUCUUCUUUACAUGGGAGCACUAAGAGCUUAAGAUAUUUUCAGUCCCCUGAAAGGUGCUCACUAUUGACAUCUCAUGUCCGAUAUUCAGCAAUAAAAUGAAGUCCAAAGUGAAGAGACGGUUCAUCUAGGAAGACUCCGGCAAUUGCACUGUGGGCUAAUCAUCAUGAUAUAAUGUCUAGGAUCUUCUGUAUAAGGGAGCAAGUGAGGGCUUCUCUUGGGUUUCAUCAACAAAAAAGCUUUUAUGUUCUUUGUAUUUUUGUUAAUCAGCCGUCAAGUCGCUGCAGUUGUCAUCUUUUGUAAUCAGUUAAGCCAAGAACUUUGUAUGAGAAGCAAUUUCUGGUUACUUAAAAGAACA